AUGGCAGCUUCCGGUAGAGACCGAAUCAAGGAAGAUACAGUUCGCAAAGCAGUGACUGCCCUCCUCAAAUGGAAGAAGAAGAAGAAAUUUAUCUCAAAAUCCGACCUUGAGAAGCGCCACCACGAAGAAGAAGAACAUCAUGAAGACGAAAGCGACGAUUUCGUAUACCUCUCAGUAACCCUAAAAAAAGCCCCACCAAAAACCCAUACGCUCGCGCCCCACCGCAUCCCCCUCCGCCACUCGCUUCUCCCCGUAGAUUACUCCGCCUUGAACCUCUGCCUCAUCGUUGACGGCAAAACAAUCACAUCCGAAUCGGCGCAGAAGAUUCUGGCAGCUCGAGGCAUUCCAUUCAUCAGGCGUGUUUUCAAGCUCUCGAAGCUCAAAUCCGACUACAAGUCCUUCGAGUCGAAGCAGAAGCUGUACAACUCGUUCGAUGUGUUUAUGGCGGACAAACGCAUCGUCUCCUUGCUUCCUAAGGUGAUGGGCAAGGUUUUCUACAAGAAGAAGAGGAAAAUCCCGGUGCCGCUUGAGUUGAACGCUGAUGGCAGCAACUGGAAGGAGGAGAUGGAGAAGGCGUAUAAUUCGAGCUUGCUGUGUUUGAGCAGCGGGACUUGUAGUGCGGUGCGAGUGGGGAAAUGGGGUGUUAAUGAAGGUGAUGAGAUUGUGGAGAAUGUGUUUGAGGCUGUUGAUGGUGUGAUUAAGGUUGUGCCGAGAAAAUGGAGUGGGAUUAUGUGCUUUCACUUGAAGUUUUCGGAUUCCAUAGCAUUGCCUAUAUAUGAGAGAAAAAUUGUUUCGCAGUAA